GGUUAACCACUCCAUCUCUACGCUCUUUUCUUACCUCACCAGUCACCAAACCAAAACUCUCUUCUCGAUCAUAUCUUUGAAACCUAAAAAGCUUCUACGAUGUCGGAAGAGAUACGAGAGCAGCAUGAUCUCCCCGACUCUAAACCUUCUCCACAGCAACCGCAACCACCACCAAAACGUGGUCUCAUCAGCCGCAAAAGACAGCUUGUGUUCCUCUCUCUCAUGAUUUUGCUAGCUGCAAAAGGACUCGUCGGAAUCGGAGAGAUAGGGUUUGUAAUAUUGUGUUAUAUCUACUUGUAUGAGUUCAUCGCUAGAUUUGCCUUCCCUCGCAAGCAAACAGAGCAGAAGAAGAGACUCUCAAACCCUAAAAACAAACUCUUUCAACUUUACUUCCUCGCCACUGCUAUUAUAGGUCUACUCUUCCCUAUAUGCUACAUCGGAGACGGAAUAUACCGUGGAGACAUUCACGGCGCCGGAGCAGCCGCACCGCAUCUAUUCCUGCUCUCAGGCCAAGCUUUCACAGAACCUAUUGGUUUCUCCGACAAGUUCUCAACUCCAAUCGGUAUUCUUGGCCCUGUCUUUUACAACGCUCGUCGCAUUUUCUCCCUUUUGGAUUGGGUUAAAGCAGAGUUCUCAGACACUCAGCGUCCCGGUGGUCCGGUGAGAUUAUACGGAGGAAGAGCCAUUGCGUUGGUUAACACGGUGAUGUGGUUUUACAAUCUGUUUGGUCUCUUGUUGCCUGUGUUUCUUCCUCGGUCUUGUGAGAUUUACUUCUCUGGUGAUAAUAACAAAGAUGAUUGAAAUGAAUUGUAUUGUCUCGUUUUAGUAACUCCAUGGAUACAUGUAUACAAUAAAUGUAUCUACUGUUGAGUUGUUCCUUUUA